UGGCAAUUGGGAGCAGCUGCUGAUCGAGAGUCAGACUUGGAGAGAGUGUAAUACUAGCUGAGGGAAAUGUAAGUUGGUUGCAGCAUUGCGCUGCUCAGCACCUUUUGAGAUGCCUUCCUUCCAAGCGCCCUCGCCCUCGGAAGUCCCUGUCAUCAGCCUCUCUGGUGGGCAAGAUCAGAGCCGUAUCGCAGCAGCUAUCAAGGAGGCUUGUGUCAAGUCCGGGUUCUUCUACGUCGCUGAUCAUGGAGUUGACGAAGGCCUCGUGCAGGCAACUUUUGAGCAGUGCCGCCUCUUUUUCAGCUUGCCAGAGGCUGAGAAGAUGAAGUACCUGCAAGACUCAAACAACCGAGGUUACACCCCGUUUGAGGAGGAAACGCUCGAUGUGACGCGGCAGAAGAAGGGGGACACCAAGGAAGGGUACUACAUCGGGCGAGAAGUCCCUCUGGAUCACCCAGACGCAAGCACACCGUUAUGUGGCCCAAACGUGUGGCCAGAUCCAGACGUUCUCCCUCUCUGGCGGCCAACUAUGGAAAGGUACAUGGCGGCCAUGACUGCGCUUGCCCUCCGGCUGACGCGCCUCAUCGGCCUGGCGCUCGGACUGCCGGACGGCUUCUUUGACCGCCCGGGCAUGUUCGACAAGCCGUCCGUAUUCCUUCGACCUCUGCACUACAACGCCGAGCCGUCUGCGCCCGAGGAUGGCAUCUUCGGCGCCGGCGCCCACAGCGAUUACGGCAUGCUGACGUUGCUCAAGACGGACGACGUCCCGGGCCUCCAGAUCUGUCUUGAGAAGGACGCCAAGGUGCAACAAUGGAUCGACGUGCCCCCUGUUCCGGGCGCAUUUAUUGUGAACCUGGGGGACAUGCUGGAGCGGUGGAGCAACGACCGCUUCAGGUCCACCCUGCACCGAGUCAUAGGUCGCGGACAGGAGCGUUAUUCGAUUCCAUUCUUCUUCGAGCCCAACUUCGACUGCCUGGUGGAAUGCUUGCCCCAGUGCUACAGCGAUGACGACCCUCCAAAAUACGCCCCGAUCAAGGCGGGGCAUUAUCUACUUGACAAAUACGGGAUGACACAUGCGGGGUAUAAAGGUUAAGCAAACAGCAAUCCGGAGUGUUCGUCUCUAAUGUAAAGAAGUUCACUGCUCCUUGUUAGAUAGGCACAGUCGGAUGCCGCUUCGCUUGAAAGCAGCUACGACUAUGCAGAGUUAUUCGAGAUUCUUAAAGUAUGGAUUCAGAAUAGGGCCCGCUGAGCAUCUCAAAUGAGUCUUGUGGUAAGUUCCGAUUCCAGAUAGGUAGUCAAAGAUCAAAGACUGACUUAAUAAGUAUUAGCAUAUGAUAUUGAAAGUGUACAUAUCAUAAUGCUUUCGUUUCGUUUUCGGCCUACACCAACUCUGACGGGCG